AGAAUACAUUCAAUGACCUCAAUCACGUCUACUUUCUACUUAUAAUAACCGGAACAUCAAACAUCAUGGGCAACCAGCAGUUGGCAUUCUUGAUCUCCUCAGAAACUCGCCCAAUCGUCGUUUGAUCGUAACAUCUACGCAUCGAACAAAGCAAGGGUUCAUGGUGCCUGUUCAUGGUGCCUGUUCAUGGCGCCUGUUCAUGGCGCCUGUUCAUGGCUUAGCACAACAUCUGGCUUCUUUCUCAUUCUCCAGGGCUGAUAGAUGCCCGGUAAUUCAAGCCGCACAAAUAUUUCAAGUGUUGUUCAGCUCACGGGCAUCUUCCACACUGUAACAGAGCAUAUCAUUCUGCUCUACAUCCAAAGGCAUCAUGUGGAGUACAUUAAGCUUCGGAUAUGCUUUCGCAAUCGCAAGCCUCACACAACAGGCUUACGGCGCCACAUGCGAUAUUAUUCAUCCGAAAUUUCCUGUGGUGAUGAGCCCCGGGUACGAGUCGCGCGUUGUCGUGAAUGGCCUCAAAUCACCGCGACACAUGGUGGUGGACACUGAGGGAAAUCUCAUAUUUUCAGAGAGAGACGAUGUCGUUGGUGGAAUUAGGCAUGUAAAGCUCGCAGACCACCUGGAUACCGAUGUCUGCGUGCAAGGCAACAAGCAGCUGAUUCCGGACCCAACGCUCAACCAUGGUAUCGCUCUUUCAUCUGAUGGCAAAACACUAUACGUUUCAAACAAAGACAGUGUCUUCAGCUACCCUUACGACGCAAAAAAAGUCACAGUCGGAACCCGCAAGACCUUGAUUACUGGAAUGACUCAAGAGGGUACUCACCAAACACGUACUUUGCUACUGUUGAAGAAACAUCCGGAGCUAUUACUCGUGUCACGAGGCUCCGUCAAUAACAUUGAUGAUGGUUCAGCUGAUAUCGCUUCGGGUCGCGCUCAAAUCAGGAUUUUCAAUGUCACCGAAGUCGCCAAGCAUCCAAUCGAGUACAACACUGCCGAAGUCUUAGGAUAUGGCUUGCGAAACAGCGUCGGUGUCGGUGAGGAUCCCACUACCGGUAAUAUCUGGUCCGUGGAAAACUCAUCCGACGAGCUCACCAGAGACAACGUCGACAUGCACAACACGAAUCCCGCAGAGGAGCUAAACUUUCACGGAGACCUUUCUAGAAAAGGCGUCGAGCACGGCGCAAGUUUUGGAUAUCCUCUCUGUGUCACCGCAUGGGAUACCACAAAUCUAAGCAGCAUUCCGAACAUCCAAACGGGGCAACAGUUCGUACGAGGCACACCAAACAGCACCCUGACGGAUGAGAUGUGUCGAACACAGCAUCUACCCCCACGACUAUCAUUCACUCCGCACACAGCGCCACUCGACAUCAAAUUUGGAAUCCUCGGUCGAGUAGCAUACAUCACGUUUCACGGUAGCUGGAACCGUGAUGAUCCUGAUGGCUACCGUCUCAGCUCCGUUGAUUUUCACCAUGGGCAGCCUCGCGCAGAGUCCAUGAGCACUACCGCAGAAGUCAAGAUCAUGACCAACAAAGAUAACAGCAAGUGCCCAGACAAUUGCUUUCGGCCCACUGGGCUCGCUUGGACGACGCUUGGACGACUGUUUAUGUCGAGCGAUGCAACUGGUGAGAUAUUCAUCAUUGGCUUUCAACGCCGUCGGACAGGACAUUGAUGGCCGGAAUUGCAAGGACAGCAGGAAGGAGUGACUUAUGCAAAGAGGUUAACAGAAGAGUGUAGCAAAACAUGUGCCUGGUGGAUCAAAUGCAGUCUGCGUGCGCUGCUGGAACGUUUUACAUUGGCCAAAAUACAUCUUGAGAUAUGAGAUAUGACCCCAUGGGAUGCUGGGGAGAGAGCUAGCUGGGCAGGCUGGAGAAGGACCACAUGGGUAGUGAGACGUCUAUUGACUACUUGGCCUCCAGACCCAAUAGUAGGUUCUUUACUCUGGUGAAUCAUCGCACAAAUACAGCCUGCAGACCACCCGAGAUCGGUAUGACUUUCUCAUAUGAAUUAAGC